AUGAACGUUAAAAUGUGGGAUAAAGUGCCUAUAUCAGAAACUACCACUCAUCACUUUUGGGAGAGUGAAGUGGAGGUGGUCAGGAAGAAGACAAUAGCACCGAAUGGGAAGAAGUUUAAAUACUUUGAUGACAAGGGAAUCUUCAACUUUGUCUUUCUGCUAUGGAUGUACAGGUGGGUUUGGACAGCAGCUAGGAGGUACUUGGACGCUUACAUGAUUCACCCACUUCCACUGGCAGACCAGACAAUCAUCUGGUAUCCUAUAUUCUCAAGGCAUGUCAGCGAUGGUAUCGCAAGCCUGGAGGCAUAUGAAUACAUGGGUAAGGAUGGGCGAAAGCGAGCCCCCAAACCCGUGAAACACAUUUUAUGGCGAGCUAUCUUGUUAACAUUUUGGAAGAGGCUACUCAUUAUUCUAAUAGGGAUUGUGAUUAUGAAUGCAAUUAGUAUGAGCGUCGCCGUUUUUCUGCACAAAUUACUAGAGUUACUCUAUAGAAGGGACUUUAGGUUCAUUACACUGUUCUCUCUGGCAUUUUCUAUCAUCUUAAUUGAGUUAAUAAAGGAGCUUUGUAUGGAUCAUAUAAAUUACUAUUUGCAAAGGGCUAUGCUAAUCAUUGACUCAUGCCUUAGAAUUACAAUAUUUCAACACGGUUUAUGCUACAGAAGGAGUCAAUUUGGAAACUUUCAGGCAAAGGGAGGAGCUUGCAAGAGUAUUAUACACAGCUGCUCUGGAGAGGAUCUCUGUUCUAGUGACCCACUUCUCUGCCCAGCUAGACGUUACAAGAACAAUGAGGUCACACCAAAGAUAUACAGUCUUAUUCUAAAUGACUCAUACUUCAUUCCGUUUUUCAUUGAUUUUGUAACAGGUUCCAUAUAG